UGCUUUGCAGCCACCUCUCUUGAGCAGAAUCUCCUGUGCCUGCUUGAUGCUGAUAUAGCUCAGUACAACUUGGAGAUCCUUAAAACUGAUUUUCUUUUGCAGGCAGCAGACGAGUUCUACUCCAAGCUAGAGGCACAGAAAAUAGAUCUGAAAGCGUUGCAGCAGGAAAAACAAGCAUUGAAGAAACUUGAAAAUGUCCGUAGGGAUCAUGAGCACAGACUAGAAGCUCUACAGCAAGCUCAGGAAGCUGAUAAGAUAAAAGGAGAACUUAUAGAAAUGAACUUGGAGAUUGUUGACCGAGCCAUCCAAGUGGUCCGCAGUGCAUUAGCCAACCAGAUAGACUGGACAGAGAUUGGAACCAUUGUUAAAGCAGCUCAAGCUCAGGGAGACCCUGUUGCAAGUGCCAUCAAAGAAUUAAAGCUUCAGACAAAUCAUAUCACCAUGCUGCUGAGGAACCCAUAUGUGUUAUCUGAAGAGGAAGAGGAGGAGGAGGAUGCUGAUUUAGAGAAAGAAGAAACGGAAGAACCAAAGGGAAAAAAGAAAAAGAAUAAAAACAAACAGUUGAAGAAACCUCAGAAAAACAAACCGUCGUUAGUUGAUGUUGAUCUCAGUUUGUCUGCAUAUGCCAAUGCCAAAAAGUACUAUGAUCACAAAAGACACGCAGCUAAGAAAACUCAGAAGACAGUAGAAGCUGCAGAAAAGGCAUUUAAAUCGGCCGAGAAGAAGACGAAGCAGACGUUGAGGGAAGUUCAGACAGUUACCACCAUUCAGAAAGCAAGAAAGGUCUAUUGGUUUGAGAAGUUCCUGUGGUUCAUUAGUUCUGAAAAUUACCUUAUUAUUGCUGGAAGAGACCAACAACAGAAUGAGGUGAUUGUAAAGCGGUAUCUUAAACCAGGGGACAUAUAUGUGCAUGCUGAUCUCCACGGAGCCACGAGCUGUGUGAUCAAGAACCCAUCAGGUGAACCAAUCCCUCCACGAACCCUGACAGAGGCAGGCACGAUGGCCUUGUGUUACAGCGCUGCCUGGGAUGCUCGUGUUGUCACCAGCGCUUGGUGGGUCUCCCACAACCAGGUUUCUAAAACUGCACCUACAGGAGAAUACCUCACUACUGGAAGCUUCAUGAUCCGAGGGAAGAAGAAUUUUCUCCCACCUUCAUAUCUGAUGAUGGGCUUUAGCUUCUUGUUUAAGGUGGAUGAAAGCUGUGUUUGGAGACACCGAGAAGAAAGGAAGAUCAAAGUACAGGAUGAGGACCUGGAAACCGUUUCCAGCAAUACCAGUGAACUGGUGUCUGAAGAUGUGGAGCUAUUAGAAGGAGGAGAUAGCAGCAGCGAAGAGGAAAAAGCAGAGUGUCAGGAAACACCAGAGGGUGUGGAAGCCGUGUCCGAGAGUCAUCGUGACGAGGGCAUUGCUGACCUUGACCAGGGCAGGGUCAACACAACUCCUGCACCAGAGGGUGACUCUGAAGAGGAUGAUGGAGAAUCUGAAGAUGAAGUGGAACAUCCAGAGUCAAAGAGUGAAGUGAAGGAGGAAGAGGUAAAUUACCCGGAUACAACAAUCGACCUGUCGCAUCUGCAGUCUCAAAGAUCCCUGCAGAAAAUCAUCCCCAAAGAGGAAGAACCCAACUUGAGUGACAGCAAGUCCCAGGGGCGAAGGCAUCUGUCUGCCAAGGAGAGGAGAGAAAUGAAGAAAAAGAAGCAGCAAAAUGAUUCUGAGAACUUGGAGCCGCCCGAAGAGAAGCAGAGAGAGAUGGAGACACAGCUUCCCCCAGCCCCCAACACCAAUAAAAGUGUGGCAGCCCCUCAGCCCAUCAAGCGGGGCCAGAAGAGUAAGAUGAAGAAGAUGAAGGAGAAGUACAAGGACCAGGACGAGGAGGACCGGGAGCUCAUCAUGAAGCUGCUGGGGUCUGCAGGGUCAAACAAGGAGGAGAAAGGGAAAAAAGGGAAAAAGGGGAAGACAAAAGAAGAGACAGCAAAGAAGCAACAGCAGAAACCCAAGGCUGUGCAUCGUGGAGCUGGAGGGGGCAAGGAGAUGCUCCUGCUGCACGACUCACAGGACCCAGCCCUGGAGGAGCAGCAGGAUGAGAAGGAGGAGCAGGACCAGGACCAGCCGGGCGUUGAG